AUGCUCUAUUCGAGUCUUGUAUGUCUCGCUGGCCUUACAGCAACGGCUGCUGCUCGGCCAAGCCAGGAUGGUGCUGCUGUUGCUACUGCCCCCAAGAGCGAGGGAAGAUUCAAGCUUCCCUUUAUCAAACGUGCAACUACCACAACAGACAGCAAGAUAGCCAGCCGAGCCAAAACCGGCGACGUACCAUUUAACUCUAUUUGGUCCAUGCCGAUGCAAGUCGGUACACCUCCCCAGACCCUCGAACUCCUUCCUGAUACAGGCUCCGGCGACUUCACCGUCGAAUCGGACCUCUUGGCAGCGUCUCUACGCGGAACCGGCCCCAUCUACAGCCCCGGGUCCUCAUCCACAGCGCGUCAGUUGCCGGGAUACACCUACUCGGAAUGCUACGGCAGCGGAUACUGCGACUCCGGUAUUGUCUACACCGACGUCUGCACUCUGGGCGACAUCACAGUCACAGACGUGCCUAUCCAGGUCGUCAACAGUGCGUCGGCUAAAGGAGGAGGCCAAACGGGCAACGUAGGCUUGAGUUUCGGAACACCACAGGCUGCGAAUCCGAGGGGCCCUUCAGGCUUUCUCUGGUCUAUUAGAUCAGCCCUUGAUUCUGGCGUCUUCACCGUCGCUUACGAUGAUUCGACCAACUCGGGCGAGUUUGAAUUCGGAUAUGUCGACCCUUCCAAGUUCACCGGCGCCAUGGCCUACGCGCCUCUCGACGUCUCAUCCUCUAGCGGCGGCGAAUGGAUCACAGAAUUCUCAGGCUUCAUAGUCAAUGGCACCUUCAUUAUCUAUAGCUGGCCCGUCAUCCUCGACACAGGCACCGGCGGCUCUGGUGUGCCCCGAACUCUGGCCGAUUACUACUUCUCCCAAGUGCCCGGCUCGACGUGGAACAGCGCCUGGAACCAGUACCAAUAUCCGUGUUCCGAGAGCCUGCCGGACCUGACAAUUGGUAUCGGAGCCGUCACCAAGUUUACUCUUCCGGGAAGCGGUUUGGCGGCAUUUUCCCUGGACGGCACCAACUGCCUUUCUAAGCUGGGCGUCAGCAACAGCUCCCCUUACUUUUUCGCCCAGAAUCUUAUGGAAGAACUUUUCAUUGUCUUUGACUUUGACAAUGCCCAGAUUGGUUUUGGCGAAAAGCCAAAGUCUGGCUCGUCGCCCGGCACGGGUAUCACCUCUGGAGCUUCGGCACCUUCUAAUGCUGGAUCUUCGUACGUUUGCUCCGGCUCUGGAUUCAAGGGAACGUGCCAGAACAUCGCGUGGCCAAACUUUGCCUGCAAGAACCUGGCUGGCAGCAAUGUCAACUACAACGUUGAGGCUUUUGGCCCUGACGAGGGAUCCUGCACCCUCUACUCCGACUCUAUCUGCGAAACACCCAUUUCCUCUCUACAGGGCGUCAAGAACCCCGGCAACUCCAACAUCAACAGCAACGUUGGCAGCUUCGUGUGCACAAACCCGGCCAUAAGCGCUUCUAGUAGCGGCACUAUCUACCUGUGCAGUGCGCAGAACUGGGGUGGCACUUGCAACAACUACAACUGGUCCAGCUACGGCUGCCAAACCCUGGAUGAAGCCCACAUGAAGACAGUCGGAUCUGCCGGUCCCAACGUGGGCUCUUGCAUAUUCUACGUCGAUGCGCACUGUGGCUAUCCCGCUUCUUCGAUGCCAUUGCAAAACCCCGGCACGGGGACUCUCAGCUAUGGCAACAGAGUGGGAAGCUUCAUGUGCAUAUAG